UCUUCAAUGUGCUUAAUGGACUCUCCCCCCGUCUCUCCCCUUCAGGCUAGCUCUAAGGACAUAGGUCAGCUUGCUGCAGCGUUACAUCACCGUAUCUUAGCCCUGAAGAGCCGGGCGGACCAGGAGCCCGAGACCCCGACAACAACCAUCCCCGAUGCCGAGGUACCGCAGUCCGACGACAGCGACGAGGAAGACAAUGCCUCGGCUUCAGCUUCAGCCUCCACUCCGGCUACGAGUAACUCCGAGGGAGGAGAGAGCCAGGCAACAGGAAGCACAUAGCGUCACUCUUGGACAGCCUGCUAAGAUGCUGCCGUUGAGGCAUUUUGCUGUAGGCAUCUCCAUGGACACCCCUUGACCAACAUGGGUCCUCCAGACCAGUACUUUUGGAUAUUAGAAGUCUAGCUCCAGGAAAUAACCCCUUGUGCCGGAGUGUCUCACCCAACACGUGCAGUUCAUCUUCUCUGCAUUCAGCGUAAUAUCUGGAGUCGUUUCUUCCCUCCCUCUCCUGUUUUGUGUUUUAUUUUUGUUUUCGAGUAUUUUUCCUCUCCCCGAUAGCAAAAAUAAAGACUUCAAAGCUUUGGUUUGGGACUUUUCUGCUCAUCAUAUUGAUGAGUGUAAGGGUGUUCUCCUCUACAUUUUAAAGUAUGGCACAUGUUAAGACUGCAGUUUCUACUUUGGGACCUUUUUACUCACUCUACAGUCGUGCCUCUGGACGCCACACAUCCAGAGGAGCUUCAUUCGCGGUGUAUUUGACUAGCCAUCAGUCGGUGGUUUCUCCAUUGAGUCCAACUCUCCUCCGACCCCCCCCCCAUCCCAACCAGUCUCUGUUAGGUUUUGGAAAUGUAAUUUAUUUUGGAUUGUCAUUUUCAUGAGGCAUCUCAACUCAUAUGUGCUGUUUGUAAUGGCUAGCCAAGACCACUCAAGUUGUCAUUAAUAGCAGUUUCUUAUAUUUCCUAUUGAGCUAUAUUAUACAGAAUAAAAGACUGAAACAAUGCCGUUUCUGCUAAUGUGAGUUAAUGAUGUGAGAACAAAACAGCAGAAGAAUUCAAUUCAAAUUUGUCUUCAAAUUAGGAAGUUGUUUAGUCAUUCACCUUGUGGGUUUUUUUAAUGAUUGUUUUUCCAAAUCAGCCAUUAAACUCAUUGGUCUACAUUCUGCAUGUAACUGUUAUUUCUUUUUAUUCUUUCAGCCUCCCAAGGGUUUACUGUGUUACAUAUUUUUAUUUUGAAGAUAUACUUUUUAUUCAUUUUCAUUUGAAGAACAUGUUGGAAUGAAGACUUAAGUUCAUGUGUGGAAACUUUGAGUGAUAACUCUAAUACCCUUUGAAUGUCAUGUACAUUUGAAUAUAUCAUUUAGAAGCGCACCAUGUUUUCUCAUCUCCAAUUACCCUCUUUACAAAAUAAAACAUUUUGGACUGACA